AUGGCACAGCAACAUCGAGAGAAUAUUUGGUAAGUUUAAUUUAAACUGAAAAUUAAUAUAAUAUCCAGAGUUUUCUGUAUGUAAUUGACUUCUAUAUUUUGUAGGAGAGACCAUUUCAUGGCAGAGUUGGAAAAUGACGAGGUCAAUCGCCAGCUUUGUGCCGUGGACACUUUUUCUUGGUCACCCCAAACUCAGGAGCAAAUUCUGGCUGAAUGGAACGACUGGCGAAACGAAUCGGAGAAGACGGAGUUAUGUUGUUCUGAAUGUGGCAAAACGUUUACACGGUCCAACGACCUAAAGCGCCAUACUAGGCGAAACACACUGGAGAACGACCAUUUAAAUGUAUCGAAUGUGGUAAGGAUUUUGCGUCUCGUAACAAGUUGAAACGGCAUGAAAAAAUCCACAAGGAGAAGUCAUUGGAAUGUCAUAGAUGUCAUAAGAAAUUUAAUCGCAAAGUAAGUUGAUAUUACCGGACUAUUGUGAAAUAAUUCGCUUGUAUUUGAUAUUGUAAGUUUUCCCUUUAAGGAUAAAUUAAACGACCACAUCAAGACGCACGAGAGACGUUGUGCCGAAAGGGAAUAUACAUGUAAUGUAUGUGGUGAGAUGUUUCGAAAUAUAUUCCCCUUACAAGCCCAUCAGCGUGAUGUCCAUCAGACUGGUGGUGGUAGACGUACUAAGACGCCGACCCGGCGAACGAAAAGGCAAAGAACUGAUGAACCAGGUAUGUAUAAAUGAAAAUAUUUCAAUUACUAAUUUUGUAUUUAUACAGAUAUUUUUUUCUCUUUUAAGAACCGCCAACAUCUUCGACAUCGGUGAACGAAGGUAAGAGAGUAUAUAUUCUGUGUAAUAAUUUGAGUUAAAAUCACACUAAUACAUUUUUCUCCUUUUCAGGGGCAUCUACGUCUACAGUCGUCAACGAAGGUAUGAAAUUCAAUUUUUUAUACCGUAUAUAGUAUAUUGAUUGUGGUGAUUUGAUGUGUAUAUUGACAAUGUUAAUUACUCGGUUUUAAAACAUUGCCUGAAAUCCUAACGUUUACAUUUGAAAAAUAUUUUCAUGCUGUUUUCAUGUUGUUUCACUGUUUGUGUUUUGAAAACCUGAUAAAAAUAUUCGAGUAACUUUUAAGCGUGGGUUUAUAGUGUGGAGUGUUCCUAAUUAUUCGUGUUAGACUUAUGUUCAUUUGCUUUAGAACUAUUAAUUUAUGUCAUUGUACGAGUAUUUAUCAUUUAGUAACAUUCGCUAGCGUUUUAUAGUGAGGUAAAAAUAAUUUUUGUUGCGUGGGUUUAUCAUGUUGCUAUGUGAAAUUUGCAUGUUACUAAUUUAUUCAUGUUAGACUUAUGUCGAUUUUUUAUGAAUCGGGUGUUUGUAUGACAAAAUUAGUGAGAAGCUCUAGACAAAAAUAAAGAAUCGGGUGUUAUUUCUAUAGGACCCCAACCGUUCCCUCAAGAUCCCCUAUUACCCCCAUCUAACCUGCCUUCCCAACUUCACCGAGAUCAUUGGCGUGCUAUACGUACGCGACAGAGUCGAGACAACCGAGUGCAAGAUUGGUACAACUAUCGUCUAAGCUCAGCGAAUAUGGGUCAACUUGUCAACGAUAUAGACCGUAUAUUUGAAGAUCAAACCACGGUCUUUAAGUUAAAUCUAUCUUUUGGUUUCGUAUUGUUUAACAACGAGACACAGCAAAUGCAAUACCACCACCCCUCAGCAAACAACAACCGUGUUUUCGACUCCCCAUUCCAAAUCCAUAAUCGCGAGGAUUUGGUCCAAGUGCGUACAGCGUUGGAAAACAUCGACAUUCAUGAAUGGGCUCGACAACAGCGUCCCAACUCCAAAUGGAUUGUCAUGGAUUUCACCAACGUUACCUUCUACGUCACCAAACGUCGAGACCAUCCCAUAGGUCGCAGUGUCCGGCUACCCAAUUACGUACUGGAGAGCCGUGCCAUCGUGUCGCUCGACUGUAACGAACACACCGGAUUACCAUACGAAGACAAGCUUUGUUUCUUUCGUUGUUUGGCCCUACACCGUGGUUGUCAUCCCCAUAACCUAGAACGUGAUACUCAGCAUUUUUAUGAACAAUAUUCGGAAGAUGAUGAUUUUGACGGUGUUACCCUAGAGGAACUACCUGAACUGGAAAAGUUAUUCGAGUUAAACAUUUACGUGUAUCGCCUUACAGAGCUACACGACGAGGACGAAGGCAAGACCUCCAUUGUGGCUCAACUGAUACAGCGCUCCCACCGUAGAUAUACCAAUUCGAUGUAUCUGAACCUCUACGGUAGUCACUUCAGCUACAUUAAGAAUUUGGCCAUGUAUUCCAAGUCCUACUGUUGUUGCAAAUGUGACAAAAUGUGGAAAACGGCAAAAGCCUUGAACAAGCACGAGCGAACAUGCGAAGCAACUAUACGUCAUGUUUUCCCUGGCGGUGCCUACAAAGUUCCACAAACCAUCUUCGAUCUACUGGCCGAUGAAGGAAUCGAAAUCCCUGAAGACCUCAAGUACUUCCCUUAUCGUGCCACCUUUGACUUUGAGUGUUAUUUCAAACGUGAAGCCGAACAUCCACGAAAUACAGCAAAGUUAACGUGGGAAGCCGAACAUAUCCCCUUGAGUGUCUCUGUUUGCUCCAACGUCCCUGGUUAUGAUCAACCCAAAUGCUUCGUCUCGUCUGGCAGUACAAGUGAAAUGAUCCAACAGUUCGUGGAAUAUUUGGUUGAGGUCAGCCAAGAAAGUUAUGGAUUGCUGCUGGACCAAUUCUCUGACGUUUUUCGUCAAAUUGAUGAACGAGUUAAUGAGGUAUAAUUCAUACGUAUUAGAUUCUUAGUAUAUUUCUUAUCCUUAAUAUUUUUUCUUAUAUCUUUAGGUAGGGGAAAACGAGGUUAUGGAAGUUGUCGCGGGGGAGGACAAUGAGGUAAAUUAUAGGAAGGUUAUAUUUGCACUUAUAUUCUUUAUAUUCUAAUAUAUCUUAUGUUUUAGCAAAAUACAGAGGAACAGAUGAUAGAGGAAAUGGUGGGAUGUUUGAUGGGGCUGAAUGAUGAGGUAUAUAACAUAAGGUUUGAGCUCAACAGUGGUCUUUCCAGUGCUUACCAUAUGUGUACCUUUUAGGUGAGUGAAGAUGUGUGUGGGGUAGAUGAAGACGAAGUGGAUAAAGACGUUGAAGAGAGAGUAAGUAUCACACUCAUGAUCCAUUUUAGCGGUUAUAUAGAUUAGUAGGGAUGUGCAAGUAUCUUGCUUUUUACUUAUGACACCUUUUCAUUUAUUUAGGAUGUGGUCCAUCCUCUACUCAAACUCCAAGAUAAAUUGUCAGAAUACUUACAAGAGCUACCAAUUCUUGGAUUCAACUCUGGUAAAUAUGAUAUUAACGCUGCGAAAAACCCCUUCUUUUCACAUCUCGUCAAACACGAACAAGUUAAGUUUGUGAUAAAAAGGAACAAUAACCACAUGUGUCUUAAGACUCAACACUUAAAAUUCCUCGAUAUCACAAACUAUCUGGCUCCGGGAUUUAGUUACGAACAGUUCCUCAAAGCGUACGAGUGCUCCCAGACCAAAGGCUACUUCCCGUACGAGUGGGUCGACUCCCUCGACAAACUCAAUCAUUGCUCCUUACCACCACGCGAAACCUUUCAUUCCACUCUAUCCGGAACCGACAUCACCGAGGAACAGUACGAGUAUUGCCAGGGUGUAUGGGACGAACAGAAUAUGACAACUUUCCGCGACUUUCUCGUGUGGUAUAACAACCUUGACGUAGUCCCCUUCCUUGAAGCAAUUGAUAAAAUGAGUAAUUUCUGGCAAGAAAGGAACAUUGAUAUGUUUAAGGACGGUGUGAGUGUGCCUGGCUUGACUAUGAAAUAUUUAUUUUCAAACAUUCCAGGCACCUACUUCUCCUUGUUCAGCGAGAAGGACAAGGAUAUGUAUUAUUCAAUGAAGGAUAAUAACGUAGGGGGCCCCAGCAUUAUCUUUAACAGAUACCACGAGAAAGAGAAAUCAUCCAUACGGAAGGAAGAAAUGCGAGCCAGAGGAAAAGAAUCGAAACCCUGCAAGAAUGUAGUUGGUUACGAUGCCAAUGCGCUCUACUUGUGGGCCAUCAUGCAAGACAUGCCAACGGGGCAGUACACAAGACGGUUAGAGGAGGACGGGUUUAAGAAACGGUGGAGUGGGAAAAUGGCGAUCGAAUGGUUAGAAUGGCAAGCGUACAGUCGCGGCAUUAGUAUCAGACACGAGUACAACAACACGGAGAAAAGAAUUGGCACUCGUCGUCUCCCUGUUGACGGUUUUCACGCUGAAUCACAAACGGUGUUUCAGUUUCAUGGUAAGUUGAAAUUAGUUAAGAUUAAUUAGCUAGGAUUAAGUUAAUUGUGUGGGAGUAAGUUAAUGAGUUUUUAGCGAUUGCGUGGGCUUGCAGGAUAACUUUAUUUUUCUUUUGUAGGUUUAACUGUAUUGUACUUUAUUCUACUAGGAUGUUAUUGGCAUGGCCACAACUGCCAACUUAACGAAGGGAAAGAAGUCAACGAGAAGCGUGAUAAGCCCAUGAAAGAACUCCUUGAAGAGACAAAAAGAAACAGUGCCUAUAUCACGAAGCAGGGAUUCAAUCUCGUUGAAUGUUGGGAAUGUGAGUGGCGAGAUAUGAAGAAACGAAACAGCGCGCUGCAACGAUUCAUCGCCACCCAUCUGCGUCGACCACUGGAUAAAGUGAAAACCAUGACCAAACAGUCCAUUAUCAACGCAGUGAAGAAUGAUAAACUAUUUGGAUGUGUGGAGUGUGAUAUCCACGUACCUGAGAGUUUGCGAGAAUACUUCAAAGAGAUGUGCCCCAUCUUCAAGAAUACCGAAAUAUGUCGAGAAGACAUCGGUGAGUUCAUGAAGAGCUACGCCGAAGAAAACAACAUCAUGCCCCGACCCCGGCGAAGUCUCAUUGGAAGUAUGAUCGGAAAGAAGAUAAUGUUGGCAACCCCUCUUCUAAAGUGGUAUUUAGAACAUGGUUUAGAGGUACGUUUUAAAUAUUAAAAACUUGUAAAUUGCAGCAGAAAAUGUUUAACAAAUUGUAUUAUCGUUUUAGGUAACACACGUCUACCAGAUAGUCGAGUAUACCCCUAAGCCAUGCUUCAAACCUUUCGGUGACGCUGUAUCGGAUGCUCGUCGUGCUGGUGAUGCAGACCCCUCCAAAGCCAUCAUCGCGGACACGAUGAAAUUGGUCGGGAAUAGGUGAGUUUUAAAAUCACGCUGUCGUGACGUAUUCAAGAAAUACUCAUUUUUUGUAUUUCUAUACAGCUCAUACGGGAAGACCAUCACCAACAAAGAGCGUCAUCGCAAGGUGGAUUACUGCAACGAUGAUGAGGUUUCUGAAUUAAUCAACUCACCAUUCUACCGCCAAAUGAACGUGAUCGACGAUGACACCUACGAAGUGGAAAGUGCUAAGAAGAAAAUUAAGUUGGACUUACCACUACAGGUAUGUAUUGCAUGAUCAUUUUGUCACUAGAAAUAUAAAUUAAUAAAUUAUUCUUAUUUUACAGGUGGGGUUCUUCGUGUACCAGUAUGCGAAACUCCGAAUGUUACAGUUUUACUACGACUGUUUAGAUACAUACCUUGACCGUUCCGAUUAUGAGUAUUGCGAGAUGGAUACAGACAGUGCCUAUAUCGCUAUUAGUGGUGAAAGUGUUGAAGAAUUGGUCAAGCCUGGUUUAAGAGAGGUGUUUGAGAACGAUAAAUGUAACUGGUUUCCUCGUUCCGAUACAACUGAACAUGCGAAAUACGACAGGAGAAAACCGGGAUUGUUUAAAGUGGAAUGGGAAGGGGAUGGAAUUGUAUCUUUAUGUAGUAAGAC